CAGUCAAGUGACAUUCCACUUCCUGACAUAAAUAAAGGUGCGGACAGACUGUGAGAGCCAACAGAAGACAACCACAACGAGAAAAACAAGGUUGUUUCCACAAUGAGCGCCUCUUCCUCUGAGUUUUUUAAGUGCUCCGUUUGCCUCGAUGACUUGACCGACCCAGUCUCGACUCCCUGUGGACACAACUUCUGCAGCCUCUGCCUCAACACUUACUGGGAUGGAGCAACCACCAUUUCAUGCCCACUUUGCCAGCAAGUGUUCAAGAAAAGGCCGGAAUUAAAAAUGAAUGUCCUGCUCAGAGAUCUCAUCAAUCAAAAACAAACAAAGCCUGUCCCCCAGCCACAGGAAAAAACACAAACUGAGGAUGUUUACUGUGAUAAAUGUCCCAUAGAGAUGAAGGUGAAGGCUGUGAGCUCAUGUCUGCACUGUGAGGAGUCUCUGUGUUCAGAACAUCUGAAACCCCAUAAGAACGACGACAAGCUCAGCACUCAUGAGCUGGUGGAUCCUGUUCGCAAACUGAAGGCCAGGGUGUGUAAGCAGCACAGAACUUCUUUGGAACUGAUUUGCCAUGAUGACCUGGUAUGUGUGUGUGUGUUAUGCAUGAAAUCCAGCCACCAAGACCAUAAGUGUGUCCCUUUAAAGAACCGCCUGAGACAGAAGAAGGCCCAUGUAAAACAAGAACUGGCAGAUGUGCAGGAGAAGCUGAAGGACAUGAACGACAUGUUAAAGAAGUUUAAAGAUUCAGAUGCGAUCAGUGAGAAAAACACAGAGACAGACAUCGAUGACAUCAUGAAGAUCUUCUUGAUCUUACAACGGGUGGUAAAAAUGAAUGAGUCUGGGCUUGUGACCGCUCUCAUGAUGCUGCAGAAAAAAGCAAAAAUGCGCAGUGACUCCAUGAAAGAAAAGCUUAAAACAGAAAUCAAACAGCUGGAGAGAAGAAAAUCUGAACUGGAUCAGCUCUCUCAAGCUGUGGACGGAUUCCAUCUUCUACAGAGCUGGAACUCCAUGGGUGCCUCCCCUGACACUGAAGACUGGUCUCAGAUCAGUACUUUCAGUGACGCAGCAGUGGGGACUGUGCGAAGCGCUAUCAAUAAGCUGAUCAUGGAACUUGCGACCGUGGUGAAACUGGAAAUGAAAUCACUGGCCACUAAAGAGAUAAAGAGAAUUCAACAAUAUGCAGUGGAUGUAAAGUUGGAUUGCGACACAGCAAACAAUGUCCUGAUUGUGUCUAAAGAUGGGAAACAAGUGACGAAUGGAGGCAGACCUCAGUCUAUGCCCGACAACCCGGAGAGGUUUGACACUCUGCUGGGUGUCCUGGGAAAAGACGGGUUUUCCUCUGGUGCUUUCUACUUUGAGGUGCAAGUGGAAGGUAAAACCUCAUGGGACAUCGGAAUUGCCUUGGAAACAGUCGACAGAAAAGGCCACGCUGAUGUCUGUCUCAGCAACGGCUACGCUGUCCUGAUGCUACGGGACGACGUGCUCAAAGCAUGUGACCGCCCCCCAGUGCAGAUUGAGCUCCCUAAUAAACCCAAGAAGAUUGGUGUGUUUGUGGACUACGAGGAGGGGGAGGUGGGCUUCUACGACGUCACCAGUGAGGCCCAUAUUUACUCCUUUACGAACUGCAAGUUUCCUAAAGUGAAGUUACACCCGUACCUGAACCCCUGCAUUCAUGAGAGCACCAACACAGCACAGAUGGUGAUCACUCCUGUAAUGGAAGUCACCUCAUUUUAAAACAACAAUGUUUAUGCAUUUGGCAGACGCUUUUUUUCCAAAGCGACAACAAGGGCAUUACCAUUGCUUAAUUUCAGUGUAAGUUGAGUCUAAAUGAAUAUAUUAAUUAUUUUUAUUUAUUUCUCAGUGAAGGGUCUUCCUGGGUGCUGAGUGAUGCUUUAAUAUUAGGUUCACUAUGCUCCAGGUCUGACAGAGCGUGUCCUCAAUGCAAGAAAAGAUGCAAUAGAAUAAACACUGAAUCACUAUAAUAAACUAAACUAAUAUGGUGAAUUACAUUGACAACUAUUUUUCACAAGCUGUCCAAAUCACCAUUCUAAAACUUAUACCAUAAACAGAAAAAAUUCUAUGUUAGAAUUAUUAUAUUGUUGACGUUUUUUUUUUUUUUUUUGCUUUUUCCAGAGUUCUCAACAACUGCUAAUGAACAAAUGUAUUUUCAUGUUUUAAAUGGCGAUAUGCGUUCAUUGUCAAAAAGCAUAUUAAUUUUUUUGGUGGAUGUAUUCUGGAUUUGUAAAAAGUCAAUGUUAAGCAAGUACAAUUCAGCUGGUUAUAUAAUACUAAUGUAUUUGCUUUCAAGAAACACAUAUGUAAAUACUGCUGUAGUUACUCGAGUCUAUUUUAUUGAUAUGAAUAAUGAGGAGACUGCACCGUCCUUUCACUUUUCUUUAAUUUGUUGUUUAGUCUGAUGCAAUGAAGAAGCACUUUAAUAAAUGCUGUUUUUAAAACCA